AUGAUGCAGUUUAUGUUGUUGUUCAGCCGGCAAGGGAAAUUACGGCUGCAGAAGUGGUAUGUGGCGUAUCAGGAUAAGAUGAAGAAAAAGAUUACAAGAGAAUUGGUGACGACAAUUUUAGCUAGGAAGCCAAAAAUGUGUGCAUUUUUAGAAUACAAAGAUUUGAAAGUUGUAUACAAACGGUAUGCUUCACUGUAUUUCUGCGCUGCGGUGGAGCAAACAGAUAAUGAAUUGCUGACUUUGGAAGUAAUACAUCGUUUUGUAGAACUCCUCGAUAAAUAUUUUGGAAGUGUAUGCGAAUUGGAUAUAAUUUUCAAUUUUGAAAAAGCGUACUUCAUACUGGAUGAAUUUUUAUUGGCUGGAGAAAUCCAAGAAACUAGUAAGAAGCAGGUUUUGAAGGCAAUUGCGGCACAAGAUCUGAUUCAGGAGGAAGAAACUCCGCAGGGUUUCUUUGAAGAUCACGGACUGGGUUAA